GGCUCGAGCCUCCGGGUGAGGCCAUCUCGUGAGGCCCCCUCGAGCGCGCGGCGCCUCUUCUUGCGCGGCGGCCCAUCCGUGCGAGGGCCAUGGGCGACGACUCCGAGGGCGACGGCUGCCGGGACUUCGCAGAGAUCGGCGCGGACAUGCCCGACGAGGAGGACGUCGUCUUCGACGACGCGAUGAGGGAGGCGGACGCGGCCGCGCUGGCUGCGCUCAUGAGCAACGAGGCGUUUCUCGCGCGUUGUCGGAAGUGUUGCGGCGAGAGCAACGCCGAGGGUAUCCAGUCGAACCACCGUGCCUUGGAUGGCGCUGCGGUGGGCGAGGUUGUCGAGAAGGUUGUGACCACCUAUGGCGCGCCACAUCUGAGGCCUGUGGCAAUUUUGGAGCGAUCAUCGAGGAAGAAAGAAACUGCAUAUACAUAAAUGUUCGUAGGCCCGCCGCCGAUCCAAGAAUUCCGCGCGGACCUCCGAAAGUUUCUGGUCAUGUCGUUUGAUCGACCUCUGGAUCAGGUGAGGAGACCACGGCAGACGGCGCAUGCUGGUCGUUGAUGAAUCUGCUCAGAUACGCAGCUGCCGGGCAGAGUUGAGCUACUGCAGUGAUGGGCAUUGGGAAGAGGGGCAGCCUCAGCAGCUACCUACGACUUCGCUCAGCAGCUUCAAUAGACCCCGAGUGUUAGUAUAUGCGAGCAUCGCGGAAACCCGGACAUGUCAUCAAUCGCCCUUCUCCUGGAUCGAUUCUUGAACGCGCAUGUUGGUGCCAAAGGACGGAGCCGACGAGGGGGGAAGGUGGAGAGGGUGCCCAAGCGGUUGUGUCUCGUCUGUCAUUCUCUCUCUCUCUCUCUCUUUUUUUCUUCCAUUCCUCCCUCCUCCCUCCUUCCUCCUUCCUCCCUCUUCUCCUCCUCCUCC